CUUAGUCCCGGAAGGGGCGGGGCGGUCGGCAGGCCGCAGCGGAGCGGAGCGGGCCCGGGGCGGACGGCGGCGGAGCGGAGCGGAGCGGGGCCGGGGGGAGCGGCCCGGCGGGGCCCAGCGGGACCCAGCGGGGCUCAGCGGGGCCCGGCAGGGCCGAGGCCGCGGCGAUGCCGAGCAAGAAGAAGAAAUACAACGCGCGGUUCCCGCCGGCGCGGAUCAAGAAGAUCAUGCAGACGGACGAGGAGAUCGGGAAGGUGGCAGCCGCCGUUCCUGUCAUCAUCUCCCGAGCGCUGGAGCUUUUCCUGGAGUCUCUCUUGCGGAAGGCGUGUCACGUCACCCAGUCCCGCAACGCCAAGACCAUGACCACCUCCCACCUGAAGCAGUGCAUCGAGCUGGAGCAGCAGUUCGACUUCCUGAAAGACCUGGUGGCGGCCGUGCCCGACAUGCAGGGGGAGGGCGACGAGCCCCACGGCGAGGGCGAGCGGGGACCCCGAAGGGGUCGUCGCCCAGGCGCCGGCCGGAAGAACGGGGGUCCUGGGGCGAAGGGGAAGGACCCCAAACAGUCGGGGACGGACUCGGAACAGGAGGAGGACUCUGAGGACAGCGACAGCGACGGGGAGGAGGAAACGCGCAGCCCCCCCCCUGCCCGACCCCCCCUCAACUUCGCCAGCCCUGGGGUGCCCUUCGCGCCGCUGGGACCCCCCGCGCUCCCGGGGGGGCUCCCGGGGGGACUCCCCCCAGCCCCCGGCCCCCCCCGCCCCCCCGAGGAAGAGGAGGAUGAAGACUACGACUCCUAGCAGCCCCUCCCCCCCCACCCCCCAUUAUUUUUUGCCUGUUUUCCCAGGAUUUCAACCCAUUUCAGGGCCAGGUGCCACCUCCCAGUACGGUCUUACUGGGAGCGUGGGCCUUGCACCAGUUGGGGGGCUGGGGGAGGGUACUGGGAGCACUGGGAGGGAGGGGCCCCCCCCGCCGCCCCAUGCUGGGUUGAGGGCACUGGUGUAAUGAGUUGUGCCCGUUCUCAGGUGGGGGGGGGCUGGGUUGGGGAGGCUCAGCCCAGACGCCUGGGUCCCCCCUCCUGGAUGCCUGGUUCCCCUUUUUUGGGGGGGGGGGUGUGGGGUAGGGGGUGGGGGGUGGGGGGAAGGGUUGGUUUUGGGGCCCUUUGGUGGCUUUUAACGAGUCGGGGGGUUUUGUAUCGGCUCAAUAAAGUUCCUGUUUCCGUAAA